AUGGAGAAAAAAAUAAAAUUGGUGGUUCAUGAGGAAGCAUUGGCUCGUUUAUCAUUGAGGAGCCUUGCGAGAUUCAUAUUAGUGUGCAAAGAAUGGAAAUCGCUAAUCAAUUCUGGGUUAUUCCGAGAGUUCUACGAGUCACUCAACACGUCAUCGUCCUCUUCCGUGUCAUGGUCAAUCAUGAACAGAAGGAACCAAACACUGGCGUUAGAGAUUGUAGGACACCAUGGAUGCAAGAGAUGGGGACUUACGGAUUCCCUAGGAUCUUACAUGCAUCACAAAUCCGACACACCAAUGAGGAAAACUUGUAUCUUGAGCUGCACGGAUGGAAUUGUAUUGCUUUAUACCGAAACCAUCGAAGGUGCACCAAUGUAUCAUGUAGGAAACCCCUUGUUGCAACAGUGGGUUCAUAUCCCUUUUUCUCCACAUCUCACGGUUUUUGAUGUCGUGAGGUUACAGGAGAACAUAUUUUUCAGCGACACUGGACUGGUAACAAAGAUGGAAAAGGGUAUUGUCGUGGGUUACAAGGUAGUGUGGAUAUUGGUCUCAUUUGUGGUAUCUGCGAAUCUAAGUUUUUUGAUAUAUUCUUCCGAAACAGGAGAGUGGAAAACUGAAAAUGUGCAUUUUCUUCGUUCCAUGCUGUGGACUAGACUAAAGUAUUCGGUUUCUUUGAACGGGAUUCUUCAUUGGAUUUCCUCUAUUGGUAGCGACAUCGACGCGAGUUAUGUUGUAUCAUAUGAUUUCUAUAAUGGAAGUGAUGUGUGUCAUACUAUACCUUUUCCUGAUCUCUAUGAAUUAUAUCCACAAACUCGGCAUUUCAAGACAACAAUCACAACGUCUGUAGGAUUUGUGGUGUAUUGCAACGUUUUCUCGGAUAAUGGAGUCCCUACAAUCAAGGUUUGGAGGCUGAUCUCUACGGAUGAUCAUCCUAACGCAUGGCAACUCUCGUGGAAAGUCAACACCAAUUUCGAGUUCGGUGCUGAUUAUUUUCCCGUGGUGAUGCAUCCUUUGAACUGUGAGAUCCUAUAUCUGUGGAGUAGGAACAAGAACGCUCUGGUGUUGUUAAACUUGAGGACACACAAGUUUAGGCUUUAUAAGGAGUCACCACCGGAGGAGAAGGUGAAAAAUGCUGAUGGUUGCAUCAUGAGAUUUAAUGGUUGCAAGGAGUAUAUGGACUCUAUCUACUCAAUUUAUGUCAAUGGCAUUCUCGGUUGUGUUCACAAUCUCUACUUUUCAGCGUACGUGCUCCCACGCUGGCUAAACCCGCUCCCUCAACGUUCUUCUUGA